AUGAAUGAUUCUAAACACAAUAAUAUUAAAAUUUGGGCCAAUCAGAUCAUUAACAAUGUGAGGAUUAAGGUGUUGCAUUUAAUUGCUGUUAAUCUCCUUUCUCAAAAAAAUUUUAAGAGUUGUAAUCGGUUGGCUAGAUAUUUUGGUAUUAAUAUCAAUGUUGCUAAUGUUACUAAGGUGGCUCGUAUUAUGAAUUGGCUUAAACCUGUUACUCCUUACAUUAAAUUAAAUACAGAUGGUUCUGUUGGGAAGACUGCUUCUGGUAUGGGUGGUAUUAUCCGUAAUUCUAUUGGUAAUCCUAUUGCUACUUUUGCUGGGCCUUUGUCUACUAAAUCUGUGUUAACUGCUGAGCUUUUGGGUAUAUCCCAAGGAUUAAAGAUAUGUUUGGAAUUGGGUAUUCAAAAUGUGCAUAUUGAAGUUGAUUCUAAACUUGCUAUUCAAGCUAUAUCUGCUACUAAUGUUGUUUAUCCUAACGAAUUUUACAUUAUCCGGAGAAUUAAACUGUUACUUUCUAGUUUUAAUUUUACCAUAUCCUAUAUUUACCGGGAAGGCAAUGCUUGUGCGGAUUAG